AUGAAUAACGACGUAAUCGACCCCCUAGCUCUACUCUACAAUACCUCCUUCAAUCUUCAUAAAGUCACGCCGUUGACAACCUCGGGAUCUCUUUCCUUGCAAGCGAACCUGAAGUCGCACUCGAGUCGACUAACCAACCUACUUCGUGGAGAUGUGCUUCGCGGUGUUCGCGUCGCAUCAGAAACUGUUGAAGACUCUACAUCGAGAACGGGGAACUUAAAGCGGGUGGAAUUCUCAGCUAUCACAAUACCUGGGGCCAAUGGCAGUCUUAGAUCAGUCGCGAUCGUUUUCCUCUACGAAAAGAUUACAUAUUCGGCUUUCUUAAUUCAAAAUUCCAACCAAGAUGCUUCGCAACAAGUUGACCAGCCUAUACGGCGAAUAUCUACUCGCAGAGCUUCAAGCAGAGGGGAACAAUCGAAUUCAUACCCUUUGCUCCUCACUCGCCUACCUGCGUCGCUACAGUCUCGUUUUAUUGAAUACCUUGCCGAGAACUUCGACUGCCAUAUUUCGAGCUUGCGGAUACCCGAUCGGUUUAUUAUGGACUCAAUUGAAAACCAUGUCGACAGUUUCACACCCACAGACAAACCAGACGAAGAUGUCCAACCCACUAGGAAUCUCCAAAUAUGGUUGGAACCGCCGUUUUUGUCAAAAAGUGGCGAUGAUGUGGGAUUUAAUAAGCAAGGGAAGCUGCAAACGUUGAAAACUAUCCAGAUGACAUUUUCAAGGGCUGACCUACCAGGAAUGGUGUAUAAAGGGAAUGAGCUGAAGCAUAAACAGGGAAAAGAGGAGAUAGAUAACAGAGGACCUUUUGAACUGGCAUUUUCUCUAUAUGCGUAUCAUCAUAUGGGCAUCUUGGUGGAGAAGAUGAGGGUUUCGAAAGCUGCCUGUGGAGAAUUUGUAAUCGGGACGGCGGCUGACGGGAGCGGGAGGUGCAAAAUCUUGACGGGCCCGACAGAAAACCCCGCCGCUGGAGAACAGCCGGCACCCGAAGGUAGAAAGCACUGGAGCGUUCUUCUGGCGAGGUGCCUCGCCCUUCCACAGGUUCGACAAGCACCCAAGUCGAACUCCCUUCCAGAACCCGCCCAGCCCAAUAUUCCAUGGGGUCCUGGGGGGCUUGCCGAUUUCCCUGAAAUUGUUGAUGAAACAAAUCUCGUGAAUGAACCUACUCAACAGGCGGUGCAACCCGUUACAGGCCCCGCCGCAGUUGAUAAUACUCUUAAUCAGGUCGCAGCGAUCUGGGAUCCUUUUUUGGACCCUGAAUACAACCCCCCAAUCGUCAAUACCGACCCUGUGGGGUAUAUAGAGCCUAUAAACCUUUUUCUAGCAAAUAUACUGGCCGGCAUUAACCCUCCAGCAAUCCUAAAUGGACCAGUAGCUGAUCAAGACCAGGUUCAUGUGCAACAACCACAAGUUUUUGUCAGCGAGGAGGAUGACGAAGAAAUCGAUAGCCCUUCAAUCAACGAGAUCAUUGAUAUCGAUUUCUCCGAAGAACCGAGCUCGACUGGCCUUGGAUACGUAGAAGAAAGCUUAAGUUCUGAUACGUCCCAACCUUUCGCCUACCAUCCGAUGGUCAAGCGGGAGAUUAGCCCCCAGGGACGAAACACUGAAGCUGAAUUCCAAGCUGUGGAAGAGAUUUCCCAACAAGACUGCUCCAAAAGCGACCCUAAAGUCAUCACCCCGGCCCAGUGGGAAUCCUGGUACGAUGCUUUAAACGACACAGCCCUCACGCCACUCUAUAACAACAUCCACGCAGCCACAGACCUCGGUCUGGAUCUCGAACAAGCGGCCUUUCAAGUAGCCCGCAGAACUAAGGGCGCAAUAAAGCCAAAUUCUUUCCUCGAGCUCGCCUUCUACCCAAUGUACGAUAAAAUCAAAGGGCUUGCGCUUCUAUCAAAUGUAGAUGAGCUGGCUAAGAAGCUAUUUGAUUACCAAGAGCCCGUAAGGGGUAUGGUGGAGGUCCAUGAAGGCGAGAUCAAGGAUUUCAUUAAAGACUAUACCAAAGCUAGUCAUGAUUUUACUGCCGUUGCAGCCAAUAUCGCCGGAGGAGCCAGAAAAUCGGACGCUACGACAAACAGCGAGGCAUCCUCUUUUGAAAAUUGGGUUAAAGACCCUAAGAAUAAACCACAAGGCUUAGUGGAACUUAUACAAAAUCUUUCGACAGCGAUCCAAGCUAUAUUCUCGGCGUUCAGUACUCUUCAUUCCAAUUAUGGAUUCUUAGGGGCCGAGUAUCGAGAUGUAGUCUUCGACCAAGUAUCUACCGACUUUGAUGAAGAUAUAGUGGUAGAGAAUCCCUCGCCACCUGUGAAAGCCUCUAUAAGGUUUGAUGCGACCAGCGGAUUGGAUCCAGAUGGGGAUAUGUUUAAGUCAAGGGAGCUGCCAAAAGUCCUGCCCCCAGGGCGUUGGGCGAGCGCUCAGGCUGCUUAA